AUGGUUCGCGAAACGAAACGACGUCGGAGCUCGGCGGAAAAGCCAAUCGUGGUUCCGGUCACCCGAGACGACACGAUGCCCGUCGACGAGGAUCUUGUCGUCGAAGAAUCACAGUGUGCUGCUUUAAAACCCUUCGCGAAGCUUGUCGGCGUCCGCCGAGGCAUUUCUUCCAUCGACUUGGCAGACGAUCAUUUCGUGUGCGGACGGGGCUCGCAUGAUGCUCCGACUAAUUUCAACUUUUCUACAGUCGCCGAAGACGUCGGGCUCUACAAAUUCAUCUCGAAAAUUCAAUUUUCCAUUGAUAGAGACACAGAAACGCGUAGAAUCUAUCUACACGAUCACUCACGCAACGGGACCCUCGUAAAUCAUGAAAUGAUCGGAAAAGGGCUCUCCAGAGAGCUAAUGAACGGAGAUUUGAUCUCUAUUGCGAUUCCAGCGCUGAUCAUUUUCGUGUACGAAAGGGCCGACGACAACCAUCAUCCGGAAGAAUUAACGAACAAAUACCACGUGACGAGCCAUUUGCUGGGAAAAGGCGGUUUUGGCAAAGUUUUGCUCGGAUACAAAAAAUCCGAUCGAUCAGUGGUGGCUAUUAAACAGCUCAACACACAAUUUUCGACAAGAUGCAGCCGAGCAAUCGCUAAAACUCGAGAUAUUCAAAAUGAGGUGGAAGUUAUGAAGAAGCUCAGCCAUCCAAAUAUCGUUGCAAUUUACGAUUGCAUCACCGUCGCCAAGUACUCGUAUAUGGUUAUCGAAUAUGUCGGCGGAGGCGAAUUUUUCUCAAAACUCGUCGAUUCCAAGUACAAUCAAAUGGGUCUCGGUGAAUCGCUCGGAAAAUAUUUCGCUUUUCAGCUAAUCGACGCGGUUUUGUAUCUUCACUCUGUUGGAAUCUGUCAUCGUGACAUUAAACCCGAAAAUAUUCUGUGCUCGAAUAAAGCUGAGCGGUGCAUUUUAAAGCUAACCGACUUUGGAAUGGCGAAAAAUUCGGUGAAUCGAAUGAAAACUCACUGUGGAACGCCGUCUUAUUGUGCGCCGGAAAUUGUGGCGAAUCAGGGUGUUGAGUACACGCCAAAAGUCGAUAUUUGGAGCCUCGGAUGCGUACUUUUCAUCACAUUUUCCGGUUAUCCACCGUUCAGCGAAGAAUAUACGGAUUUGAAGAUGGAUGAACAAGUUUUGACAGGCCGCCUAUUCUUCCACGAACAAUGGCAUCGAAUUACUGACGAAACACAGAAUAUGAUCCAAUGGAUGCUCACGGUGGAGCCAUUAAUCCGCCCGUCUGCCGUCGAACUAAUGAGUACUCAAUGGAUGAAAUGUGCGGAUUGUCUUUCUGCGAAACAGGAUAUUUUGAAGAGUAUUCAGCCGAUUUCAGCAGCUCCAGCUGCACUACAAACUACACAAGCUGGACCCGUGUAAAAGCAAAAAAUACAAAAAUCCGCAAUUUGUCGUCAAAUCGG